CUUCCAACCAGCACAAAGGUGAUGGUAUCCGAUUCGUCUCUGUUACAUUUUGAGCGGCCCAUAUGUCGAGGAUGGUUGAGGCAUCGCUGUUCAGGCAGCUCAACCAAGUUUAAGAUCCCAUGGUGAAGUGAUGAGCUUGAUGCUGGGAGAUCUGUCAUCAGGCGUAUGAGCAUCAGCUCUGCCACAAAUCCACGGAGAAAUACAGCUAGCAGUGCGAUGGAGGCGACGGGGCUGAGCGUGGGCAAGUCCGUGCUGAAUGGAGCGCUUGGCUACGCGACAUCGGCCUUUGCGGAGGAGGUGGCCUUGCAGCUCGGCAUCCAGCGAGAUCAUGCAUUCAUCCGUGAUGAGCUUGAGAUGAUGCAGUCUUUCAUGAUGGCAGCACACGACGAGCGACAUGACAACAGGGUGGUCAAGACCUGGGUGAAACAGGUCCGUGAAGUGGCCUACGACGCUGAGGACUGCCUCCAGGAUCUUGGCGUUCGUCUGAAGAAACCAUCCUGGUGGCUAUUCCCUCGCACGCUGCUUGAGCGGCGCCGUGUGGCCAAGCAAAUGAAGGAGCUCAGGGCCAAAGUUGAGGACGUGAGCCAGAGGAAUGUUCGCUACCGCCUCAUCAAGGGCUCCAGCUCCAAGGCUACCGCCGCCGCCACCGAGCGGUCGGCGAUAUUCGGCGUCGUCGAUGCAAGGCGUGCCGCGAAGCAGGACAGCCAAAGAGUGGAUCUCGUCCAACUGAUCAACAACGAGGACGAGGAUCUUAAAGUGAUCGCUGUGUGGGGAACAAAUGAUGAUAUGGGCCAAACGUCCAUCAUCAGGGCGGCUUACGAGAAUCUAGAUGUCCAAAGCAAAUUUCCAGUCCGAGCAUGGAUGAGGGUGAUGCAUCCUUUCAAUCCAAAAGGCUUCGUCCAGAGCUUAGUGAAUCAGUUUCAUGCAGCAGAAGGGGUUGAGGAUCUGUUGGAGACAGAGAAGACAGAUAACCAAGUUUUAGCUCAGGAAUUCAAUGGAUAUGUGAACAAGAAGAGGUAUCUAAUUGUGCUUAAUGAUCUAUCAACCAUUGAAGAGUGGGACCAGAUUAAAAAAUGGUUCCGAAACAACAAGAAAGGAAGCCGAAUUGUAGUGUCAACACUGCAAAUUGAAGUUGCGAGCUUAUGUGUAGGGCAAGAAAGCCAAGCAUCAGAGCUAAAGCAAUUGUCUGCUGGUCAGACCCUUUAUGCAUUCUACGACAAGGGUUAUCAAAAUGGAAAUAAUUCAAUGAAGCCAAUGUCGAGCUCAGAUGUGGCCACCACAAGUACAAACGAGCAUACAAUGGCCCCUGAUGAGAUAAUAGAGGAUCAAUCUAAGGAUGCUGAUCAAAAGAAGGGUUCUCAAAAUGGAAAUAAUUCAGUGAAGCUAGUUCCUAGCUCAAAUGCGAACACUAUGAGUACAAAUGAUCGUAUAAUGGCCCUUGGUGAGAUUGCAGUGGAUCAAUCUAAGGAUGUUGAUGAAAAUAAGGGCUCUCAAAAUGGAAAGGAUUUGGUGAAACUAGUAUCUAGCUUAGAUGCGGCCACUACGAGUACAAAUGACCAUACAAUGGCCCCUGGUGGGAUGACAGAGGAUCAAUCUAAGGAUGCUGAUGAAAAUAAGGGUUCUCAAAAUGAAAAGGAUUCGGUGAAGAUAAUAUCUAGCUCAGAUACGGCCACUACGAGUACAAAUGAUCGUACAGUGGCCCCUGUUGAUAUAACAGAGGUUCAAUCUAAGGAUGAUGAUGAAAAAAAUGCGGUAAAAAAGAGUCUCACUCGCAUCAGGACGGGUGUCGGUGCUUUGGAAGAAUCUCAACUUAUUGGGCGAGAGAAAGAAAUAUUCAAUAUUAUAGCAUUAAUUUUAAACAAGGAUAACCAACAAGGCCAGGUGAUCUCUGUGUGGGGAAUGGGUGGUCUUGGAAAAACCACUCUAGCAAACGGUGUUUAUCAAAGUCCAAUGUUGAAGGACAAGUUUGAGAAGUUUGCUUUUGUCACAAUCUUGCGUCCUUUUGAUCCUGCGGAACUCUUUAGGAGCCUUGUUGUGCGACUAAAUGAAGAAUCUUCUAAGAAGGUGCAAAUGUUGGACUAUAGAGGCAGCAAGAAGGAAACAUUAGCAAAGAUGAGAGUUGAUGAGUUGACUGAUGAGUUGAAAAGGAUUUUAGAAAAGAAGAGUUGCUUGAUUGUCUUGGAUGAUUUGUCCUCUACUACAGAAUGGGAUCUGAUAAGACCAACAUUCUCUUCAAUGAAAGAGACAAGCCAAAUCCUUGUUACUACAAGGGAAGAGAAUAUUGCAAAGCAUUGCUCAGGGAAACACGGAUAUGUACACAACCUUAAAGUUUUGGAACCUGGAUACGCACUUAACCUCUUCAACCAAAAGGUAUUUGGGGCGGCUACACAUUUGGUUGAGCAAAAUCCUGAGUUGGCUGAAGAAGCAAUACACAUCCUAAAGAAGUGCGGUGGACUUCCCCUUGCAAUAGUCGUCAUAGGUGGUUUUUUGGCAAAUCGACCAAAGACUACAGCAGAGUGGAGAAAAUUGAACGAGAAUAUCAGUGCUGAAUUGGAGAUGAAUCCAGAGCUUGGGAUGAUAAGAACCGUCCUUGAAAAAAGUUAUGAUGGUUUGCCUUAUCAUCUCAAGUCUUGUUUUUUAUAUCUAUCCAUUUUUCCUGAAGACCACAUCAUUUGUCGGAGGCGUUUGGUGCGUCGGUGGACAGCAGAGGGUUACUCAAGCGAGACCCGUGGGAAAUCUGCCAAUGAAAUAGCUGACGACUACUUCACAGAUCUCAAAAACAGGAGCAUGAUUUUACCCUCUCAGCAAUCAGUUCACAGUAGAAGAUCAAUUGACUCUUGCAAAGUCCAUGAUCUCAUCCGUGAAAUCGCCAUCUCAAAGUCAAUAGAGGAAAACCUUGUUUUUCGACUGGAGGAAGGCUGUGGCUUGAAUACCCAUGGUGCAAUUCGUCAUCUUGCUAUAAGCAGCGACUGGAAAGGAGAUCAAAGUGAGUUCGAGAGCAUAGUGGACCUGUCACGAAUACGAUCGCUAUCAGUGUUUGGGAAGUGGAGGUCAUUUUUUCUUUCUGACAAGAUGAGGUUUCUACGAGUGCUUGACUUGGAAGGCACAGAAGGUCUAGUUGAUCAUCACCUUCAGCAUAUUGGGAAGCUUCUUCACCUGAGAUACCUUUCUCUACGAGGAUGUGAUGGUAUUUUUCAACUGCCAGAUUCGUUGGGUAACCUGAGGCAACUCCAGACGCUAGACCUCAGAGAUACAAGCAUAUGGGCUCUGCCAAAAACCAUCAUCAAGCUUCGGAAGCUACGGUAUAUUCAUGCUGGUCGCAAAUCAGAAUAUGUAGCAGAAGAUACAAGUUCAACGACGAGGUGUCGAGAGCUUUUGAAGGUGGGGCCGCAGCUAUGUGCAUCAUGUUGCGUACCGAUUCUUAGGAUCUCAGAUGACCAUAACUGCCGUGAUGCAUGCACUUUGGCUUGCUGCGUAUUCCCUGCUGUUGUCAUGAUGGGCCUGCUAGAUGGUGCUGCGCUUUCAAGAGGUACCAGGAAACUGAAAGAAUUGCACACCCUGAGUGUUGUGAAUGUCGGAAGGGGAAAUAGCGUUCUACAGGAUAUGGAAAGGCUCACAGGAUUGCGCAAGUUAGGAGUGAGCGGCAUCAAGAAGAAAAAUGCCCCGGCGUUUCGCUCAGCCAUUUCCAAUCUCAGCAGACUGGAAUCGCUGUCGAUCGGGUCAGCAAGGAAGCCAGGUUUGUGUGGUUGCUUGGAUGGAAUAUCCUCGCCUCCAGAAAACCUGCAGAGCCUCAAGCUGUACGGCAAUCUGGAAACAUUGCCGGAAUGGAUCGGGAAGCUCCAGCAUCUCGUGAAGUUGAAACUAGUGGGCACUAGGUUAUCGGAGCACGAUGCUGCUAUGGAAUUCCUUGGGAAUCUACCGAAGCUGGCUAUUCUAGGCCUGUUUGAGCCAUCGUUUCAGGGUGAAAAGCUUCAUUUCCAAUCUCAGCAGACUGAAAUUGCUUUCGGAAGCCUCAGGGUGCUCAAGCUUGGAAGACUAAGAAACAUCAAAUCAGUAAAGUUUGAAAAAGGAGCAAUGCCCAAACUUGAGCUGCUACAGCUCACGAGGGUAAGAAAUGAAAUUGGCUUUUCUGGGCUUGAAUUUCUACCAAGCAUCAAUGAAGUCCAGCUCAAUGUUUACUUUGAAAUAGAUUACCAAAGGAUACACAAAGCUCAUGAUUCUGAGACUAGGGGCAAAAUAUACGAGGAAGAAAGACAGGAAGCAAGGCGCAAGGGAGGUGAAUUCAGUAAGAAAGUCCGGGACCAACUCGCUGGGAAUCCAAAAAAACCCAACUUGACGGUGGACGUUUGGUGAGAGCAGGGACUGUUGCUGCAUCGUUUGGUAGCGUUGAAGCAGUUACACCGAACUGGAAGAACAUUUUCUAAGGCAAAUUGGAACAACAUUUUUGGCUCCUUUGUUCUUUUCUGAAAGAAUGCUCUCACUCUGUUUUUUUCUCUCUCCUUUUCCUUCCAUGUCUAGCUGUCAGUGCAAUAACAGCGCUGAUGAAUUUCAUGAUAUACACGUUUAUAUGUGUUGCAAAUCAAUGGCCAUCGACUCCAGGGGCGUGCAAGGUGUUAAACAGGAGCUUCGGGUGAACAUAGAUAUUGGAGAGUGUUAAACAGAGUUGGUUUUGAUGGAUCUCUAACUUAACGCAUACGUUGUAUGGUUAGGUUAGGUUCAGAUCAGAUCUUUCAGUUCUGUUUUUGCUGAGUACUGUAGCACAUCAGGCACGAGAAUUACUCUGUUGCCGUUUGCACAACUCUUAUCUGUAAGCUCUAUCUAUACAAUAAACAGAGACACAUUGAAGUCC